AGGGACCGGACUCCUGGGAGCGCUGUUGUGAGGACGUGGGAGAAGGGGGGAAGAAUUGGACUUGAGACGUUUCGUGAAGGGAGGCUUUCAAAGUGUUAAAAUUGGAAGUGGAAGCGGAAGGGCCUUGGGGAGAAUUCGGGUGGAAAAGGAGAGAAGGAGGGUUUGGGGAAUGGGGAGAGUGGAGAUGUGCCGAGGCGGUGUAGAAAGUGAGACACCCGGAGGAAAGUUUGGAAGGAAGGGGAAGAUAGGGCAGUGGAGCUGCACGGAUAAGAGAGGUUUGGGGGUUUCCCUCUCCCCUGUGGAAAGACAGCAGAGUUAAGCAGUAUCAGUUGCAGCCAAUUUUAAUUGCCAGGCGCUUAGCUUUUAAUAGGGUGGGAAGGGCAGAAAGGAAUGGUCAUGUGGGUUUGGAGAAUUGGGGUUGAAUGAGGGUUCAACCGGAUUUGCUUUCCAAAACAGACUCUUGCUUACUGCUUCCUUGUUUUUCCUGGUUACAAAUAGGGAGAUGAGUAAAGCGCUCGUCUAGUUUUUUUGCAAUUAGCUGUACAAGAAUGGGGAGGGGAUCGUGAUUGGAACCUUAUAUACCAAGUUGGAGGCGCUGGGAGCCUGAGGAGGCUAUGGAAGAGGCAGGCUGGCAUUUAGGAAGAGACCUGGGAAAUUAAAUUUCUUGCAAAGGACACUGGAGAUUGCAGCUACUGAGCAGGGGUUCUGGAAGGCACUCUGUCCCUGAGCCUCUACCAUGGCGGGCCUGAAGCGGCGGGCAAGCCAGGUGUGGCCUGAAGAGCAUGGUGAGCAGGAACAUGGGCUCUACAGCCUCCACCGUAUGUUUGACAUCGUGGGCACCCACCUGACGCACAGGGAUGUUCGUGUGCUUUCUUUUCUCUUUGUUGAUGUUAUUGACGACCAUGAGCGUGGACUCAUUCGAAAUGGCCGUGACUUCUUACUGGCACUGGAGCGCCAGGGCCGCUGUGAUGAGAGUAACUUUCGCCAGGUGCUGCAGCUGCUGCGCAUCAUCACUCGCCAUGACUUGCUGCCCUACGUUACUCUCAAGAAGAGACGGGCUGUGUGCCCUGACCUUGUAGACAAGUAUCUGGAGGAAACAUCAGUUCGCUAUGUGACCCCCAGAGCCCUCAGUGAUCCAGAACCGAGGCCUCCCCAGCCCUCUAAAACAGUGCCUCCUCACUAUCCUGUGGUGUGCUGCCCCACUUCAGGUUCUCAGAUGUGUAGUAAGCGACCAGCCCGAGGGAGAGCCACACUUGGGAACCAGCGAAAACGCCGGAAGUCGGUGACACCAGAUCCCAAGGAAAAGCAGACAUGUGACAUCAGGCUUCGAGUCCGGGCGGAAUACUGCCAGCAUGAGACUGCUCUGCAAGGCAACGUCUUCUCCAAUAAGCAGGACCCACUUGAGCGCCAGUUUGAGCGCUUUAACCAGGCCAACACUAUCCUCAAGUCCCGGGACCUGGGCUCCAUCAUCUGUGACAUCAAGUUCUCUGAGCUCACCUACCUCGACGCAUUCUGGCGCGACUACAUCAAUGGCUCGUUAUUAGAAGCACUGAAAGGUGUCUUCAUCACAGACUCUCUCAAGCAAGCUGUGGGCCACGAAGCCAUCAAGCUUCUGGUGAACGUGGAUGAGGAGGACUAUGAGCUGGGCCGACAGAAACUCCUGAGGAACUUGAUGCUGCAAGCAUUGCCCUGACCUUUCCCCCUUCUCACCUCUGGGGAUUGUUCGCUCCACCACCUCCGGAGCUUACAUACUAUUCCAGGGUUUGUUCUCUGCCCUUCAGCCAAUCACACCGCCUUUUUUUUUUUUUUUUUUUUUUUUUAAUUUUUAAAGGAAAAGACAAAGGAAAGUGGAAGUGGUGUUCCCUACCCCUCCCUGCACCCAUGUGCCUGGGCUUCCUGUGUUUCCUGUUGCCACUUACCCUGUAAUGUGUGUCUCUACAGCCACCUUACCACUGAGCCGUAAGACAAGUGUAUAGGGACAGAGUCUAUGGAACAUAGCCUUUGUAAGGGACUGAACAUUGCUUUCAGGUGCACCAAGGGGUAAUCGAUACUUAUGGCUUUAUGAGGGCUCUUAGACUUUGUCUGAAAACCAAAGGGCUGUGAGUAAAGGAGCUGUGGAAGGUGGGACUCGGAAGUGUAUUUUGGAAAUUAAUUACCACCUUCUUCCAAAUUAUAGAAUUUUUUAAAAACAAAGAAGCUGUGGCCCUUUCCACUCUC